AACGCAGGCUCACGUUGACUCUGGACCCGAAGACUAAAGCUCAAGAUGCACUCGCUGGUGCUUUUUAGCGUUCUGUUAGUGGCUCUUUUUGCCAGAGUAAAGAACUCGUUUCCACCACCAUGUGACAGUGAAAUCUACUGCCGAGGGCCCAUUUUACACCAGGUACAGACAGCCAAACUCUUCGAUGAUGACAAGUACUUUGUUGACAUGAAACUGAGGGAAUCUCCCGAUGUGGUUUUGUCUGCUUUUCGCAACUUUUCAAAUGAAUCCCCGAACCACACGGUCCCGCCCGCGAAACUGAAGGAGUUCCUGAGUGCGUACUUUGAUGAUCCGGGGACGGAGUUUGAGUCGUGGACUCCACCAGACUGGCAUGAGAAGCCAAAGUUCCUGCAAGGAAUCGCAGACGAAGAAUUAAGAAAGUGGGCCGGAAAGAUCCAUUUCCUGUGGAAGUCGCUUGGCAGAAAGAUCAGCGCAGGCGUCAGAGACCGCCCAGAACUCUACUCGCAGAUAUACACCCCACACCCCGUGGUGGUCCCCGGGGGCCGCUUCAGGGAACUCUACUACUGGGACUCCUACUGGGUCAUCAACGGGCUCCUGCUGUCAGAGAUGACGGACACGGCCCGUGGGAUGAUACAGAACUUCCUCUACCUCGUUAACCGAUAUGGCUUUGUUCCAAACGGUGGGCGGGUUUAUUAUGAAAGGCGCAGUCAGCCUCCAUUCCUCACUCUCAUGGUGGACAGCUACUAUCAAGCAACCAAGGAUAGAGAGUUCCUCAGAGCAGCGUUACCUGCUUUGGAGAAGGAGUACCAGUUUUGGAUGCACAACCGGUCUGUGAGUGUGAAGCUAAAUGGAUCAGAGCAUCUAAUGAACCGGUACCAUGUGCAGGUAGACCUGCCCAGGCCUGAGUCCUACACAGAUGAUCUGGAAUUGGCUGAAGGACUCACGGAUGUGCGUAAGCAGCAGCUGUGGAUGGAUCUGAAAGCGGGAGCAGAGUCUGGCUGGGAUUUCACGUCCCGCUGGUACACGUCCGGGUACGACCACGCUAACAGCGGCCUGGGGGAGACCAGCACUAGUCAGGUCGUGCCCACUGACCUCAACGCUCUCCUGUGCCUCAAUGAGAGGACUCUUGCUUCAUUUCACAGGAUACUGGGUGAUGGUGACGCGGGCGCACUGUACGACCAAUACGCAGCCCGCAGACUGCAGGCAAUAGAGUCCGUGCUGUGGGACGCUGAGAGGGGAGCCUGGUUUGACUUCAACCUGAUGACACGUUCCAAACGCUUUGAGUUUUACCCCUCGAACCUGGCACCUGUUUGGGCCCAGUGCUAUUCUCGGCCUGAGAUGGCAGAGAAUGCAGUAAAGUAUCUGAAGGGAAGUGGUGCUCUGCAGUUCCCCAAUGGAGUCCCAACGUCGCUGAGAGAGACUGGGCAGCAGUGGGACUAUCCUAACGCAUGGCCUCCUCUACAACACAUGCUCAUCCAUGGUUUAUCCAAACUGCCUUCACAGGAUGCUAAACAACUUGCAUUUGAUUUGGCACAGCGUUGGAUCAAGACUAACUGGCUGGCAUACUUGAAAUAUGAAGCCAUGUUUGAAAAGUAUGAUGUGAACGGCGAUGGCAAACCUGGUGGUGGAGGAGAAUAUGAAGUUCAGCUGGGCUUUGGCUGGACCAAUGGUGUAGUCCUGCAGCUCCUGGACCAGUAUGGGGAGACUCUCGCCUCAGGAAGCAGAGGAGUGUCUUCUGGCCUCCUGCUGCCUCUGGUCAUCUCAGUCGCUCUCAUGCUUCAGUGAAUUAGAGGUGGCAUAAAAAGCCGUAUUGGAGGUUGGGUUUUAUUAUUUCUGGUUUCACUGCACUGCAUCACUCUUCCACUGGCAGACUUCAAACACACAAGUGGACAUGAAAAGUCUUGCUACAUUUUGCACUUUUUCAACAGGAUCUAAUCUGGUCUAACUCUCAUACUUUUUUAGAGGGGAAAAGGAUACAAUUUCUCAAAUAAGAAUUCCUUUGAUGAAUAUUUUAGUAUUUAUCCUGAGCUAAAUGAUCUCUGGCAAUAUCUGAUAAUGCAGAUAAUGUUGGGCUUCUUAUCUCUCUCCAGUAAAACAGACUUGGUUUUCAUAGCUGCUCACAUUUACUCAUCUCGUAUGUUUAACCUUACAGACUUUCAACUAAAUCAAUCACAAAGUGUAUUGCUUAACUAAGGUGGGAUGUAUUAAUGUUCAAACCAUAAUUGUCAUUAUAUUGGACUGAAGACAAUGGUAUUAAACUUUUACAAAUCAACCAAGUAACUUGGAGACUCUCGUUUAAAUAAAGUGACUUUGGCACACAG